UGUAUUAAUUUCUGAUGGCGGGAACCAAUCCCGUGCGCGGAGCGGUGAAAUGGCCUCGGCCAAACAAUUGUCCUGCACACAGAGGCACAGGUGAACAGUGAUACGUCGUGUUAGUUCUCAUCCUCAAAGCGAAGCUUUCACUGCUGACGCUAAUGGUUGAAUAGAAGUACUGUUAUUGUCAAGUUCACUGCAGACGCCAGUUGGAAAUUACAGCGCGGGUCACUGCAUAUCACUAUUGUGUGCUCUUCCUGUAAACCAGUACCGUUUAAAGGGAUUUGUUUAUAACAGCUGAGCUGCAUAUAUACAAACAAGUGUGAACAUAAAGGAGUGUACUUAAUCGUCUGUGGUGCGGUGUUGUCAAUAUAGUUGUGUAACAUUCCGCUAGGAGAAUUAUCAUUGCCGUUGUUAAUAAACAAGAUGAACGCGACGGAAAGCUGUUAUCGAUUUAGAGACCUUGGACGGCGAAAGCGUCGCUGCCAUGCUUUCCGGCGGGGGAAGGAAUAGUGGUUACGCGCUGAACAGCGGCAAUACGCAGUACCACCAUGUUUACAUUGUGGUGAUCAGAAUGCACCAACUUAAGCAUUUUCGUUCCUAUAAAAGGGAGACGGCGCAGUAAACGACAGUGAAAAUGGCAGCCGGAAGGCAAAAGCUGACUGUACCAACAAUAGAAGCAGCUAGCACUGGCAGAAGGGAAAUUAUCUCCAUGCUAGGCAAAAACUAUGGCUGUGGACAGUGUGGUGCUCCUCCACCUGGCCCUCCACCGGGUGCCCCUGGUCAAGUGGGGCCUCCAGGGGCAGUGGCAGUCCCCCCUGGCGCAAUGGGUCUUGUUCCCCCCCAACAACCUCAUCAACCCCCGCAGCCUCCUGAGUUGCCCAUGUUUAAUUGCCCUAGAAGACCAAAUCUUGGCCGGGAAGGAAGACCUAUUGUAUUGCGAGCAAAUCAUUUUCAAAUUUCGAUGCCAAGAGGGUUUGUCCACCAUUAUGACAUUAAUAUUCAACCAGACAAGUGCCCUAGAAAGGUGAACCGUGAAAUAAUAGAGACAAUGGUGCACGCAUACAGCAAAAUAUUUGGAACACUAAAACCAGUUUUUGAUGGUCGAAAUAAUUUGUACACAAGGGAUCCAUUGCCAAUUGGUAAUGACAGAGUUGAGUUGGAGGUGACUUUGCCAGGCGAAGGCAAAGAUCGUGUAUUUCGUGUUACAAUAAAAUGGAUUGCUCAAGUGUCAUUAUUUGCCUUGGAAGAGGCCCUUGAAGGGCGUACAAGACAAAUUCCUUAUGAUGCCAUAUUGGCAUUGGAUGUUGUAAUGAGGCAUUUGCCUUCCAUGACUUACACACCCGUUGGCCGUUCAUUUUUCUCAUCUCCUGAUGGGUAUUAUCAUCCUUUAGGUGGAGGUCGUGAAGUGUGGUUUGGAUUUCAUCAGUCAGUACGUCCAUCUCAGUGGAAAAUGAUGCUCAAUAUUGAUGUUUCUGCUACUGCUUUUUACAAAGCACAGCCGGUUAUAGAGUUCAUGUGUGAGGUCCUGGACAUACGGGAUAUAAAUGAGCAGCGUAAACCACUGACAGAUUCUCAACGUGUUAAAUUCACGAAAGAAAUAAAAGGUUUGAAAAUUGAAAUAACUCAUUGUGGAACAAUGCGACGAAAAUACAGAGUCUGUAAUGUUACAAGGAGGCCAGCACAGAUGCAAUCGUUUCCACUGCAGCUAGAGAAUGGUCAGACAGUUGAGUGUACUGUAGCUAAAUAUUUUCUUGAUAAAUAUAAAAUGAAGCUAAGGUACCCCCACCUGCCUUGUCUACAGGUCGGACAGGAGCAUAAACAUACAUACUUGCCACUGGAGGUGUGCAAUAUUGUGGCUGGACAGCGUUGUAUCAAGAAGUUGACGGAUAUGCAGACAUCAACUAUGAUAAAAGCUACAGCGCGUUCUGCUCCCGACCGUGAACGUGAGAUAAACAGCUUGGUGAGGCGAGCUGAUUUCAACAAUGAUGCCUAUGUACAGGAAUUUGGGCUCACCAUCAGCAACAACAUGAUGGAAGUGCGCGGACGUGUCCUGCCCCCACCCAAACUACAGUAUGGUGGCAGGGUUAGUUCGCUCAGCGGACAGACAAAGCAACAAGCAAUGCCCAAUCAAGGUGUGUGGGACAUGCGAGGCAAGCAAUUCUUUACUGGUGUUGAAAUAAGAGUCUGGGCAAUAGCUUGCUUUGCUCCCCAGAGAACAGUGAGAGAGGAUGCAUUGAGGAAUUUUACGCAGCAACUUCAAAAAAUAAGCAAUGAUGCAGGGAUGCCAAUAAUUGGACAACCUUGUUUUUGUAAGUACGCCACUGGUCCUGACCAAGUCGAGCCAAUGUUCAGGUAUCUGAAGUCAUCAUUUACGGCACUUCAGCUUGUAGUAGUGGUUCUUCCUGGAAAGACUCCAGUGUAUGCUGAAGUAAAACGUGUUGGGGAUACAGUACUUGGAAUGGCCACACAGUGUGUUCAAGCAAAGAAUGUGAAUAAAACUUCGCCCCAAACUCUGUCUAAUUUAUGCCUCAAAAUAAAUGUUAAACUUGGAGGUAUUAACAGCAUUUUGGUUCCAAGCAUUAGGCCGAAAGUAUUCAAUGAGCCAGUAAUAUUUUUGGGUGCAGAUGUUACCCAUCCUCCUGCAGGUGAUAACAAGAAACCUUCUAUAGCAGCUGUUGUAGGUUCAAUGGAUGCUCACCCUUCAAGAUAUGCAGCAACAGUGAGAGUCCAACAGCACCGCCAGGAAAUCAUCCAAGAACUGAGCAGUAUGGUCAGAGAGUUGCUGAUAAUGUUUUAUAAAAGCACAGGAGGUUAUAAACCACACCGUAUCAUACUAUACAGAGAUGGUGUGUCAGAAGGACAAUUCCUACAUGUUCUUCAGCAUGAGCUAACUGCAAUCCGUGAAGCAUGUAUAAAGCUGGAAGGAGAUUAUAAACCAGGGAUAACUUUCAUUGUUGUCCAGAAGCGACAUCAUACUAGGUUGUUUUGUGCAGAUAAGAAGGAACAAUCAGGAAAAUCGGGGAACAUACCUGCUGGAACUACAGUAGAUGUUGGUAUUACACAUCCUACUGAAUUUGACUUCUAUCUGUGUAGUCAUCAAGGUAUUCAGGGCACAAGUCGUCCAAGUCAUUAUCAUGUUCUUUGGGAUGACAAUCAUUUCGAUUCAGAUGAAUUGCAGUGCUUGACCUAUCAGUUGUGCCACACUUACGUACGCUGCACUCGUUCUGUCUCUAUACCUGCUCCUGCGUACUACGCCCAUCUUGUUGCCUUCCGUGCUCGCUACCAUCUAGUGGAGAAGGAACAUGACAGUGGAGAAGGCUCACAUCAGUCUGGUUGCAGUGAAGACCGCACUCCUGGAGCUAUGGCACGUGCAAUAACAGUGCAUGCUGACACUAAGAAAGUGAUGUACUUUGCGUAAUGAGUGUAGUAGAACUAUUAAUUGAGAAUCAUUUAUUUUAAAUGUCUUACGAAGAGACUUCAAAUAGUCUUCGUUUGACUGUGAUGACAUGUGCUUCACUCAGGCGACAUUCCUUGUGAAGCUGUGAAGGAUUUGUUGAACUGAAAAAAAUAAUUGAAACACCAAUUUUCUUCAGAAUUAAUGAGGAAAUAGUUAAUUACUCAUGGAAAUGAGCAGCUAUAUGGAGAAGAGAGAUUGUUCAAGUAUUUGUGUGCCUGUGUGUGCAUAUGUUGUAUGUUUUUUAUGUGUGUGUAUUUUCAAUCACGUCCGUCACAAAAAAGACUCCAGACAAUAGGUGACAUGCCGGGUAAAUGGUAAAUGCAUUUAUCAUGUUGUGAUCCAAUUUUUAAAAUGUGGAUAUGUUGAUGUGUUAAUUUGAUAUAACAUGUACCAGAAGAUUUUAAAGGAGAUGCUAAGGUUUCCAUUUUAUUUAUGUAAAUUUAUGAGUGUAAGCAUUGAGCACUGUGUGAUGCUUGAAGCGAAGACAUAUAUUGUGAUGAAAAAAUGUAACAUGUAUCAUGUGCCCAGAUCUUUUAGAACCUUUUCUGUGUUAUGUUAGUAAUCAUAUUGUGUGUACAGGUAUUCUCUCUCUCUCUCUCUCUCUCUCUCUCUCUCUCUCUCUCUCUCUCUCUCUCUCGUGUGUGUGUGUGUGUGUGUGUGUGUGUGUGUGUGUGUGUGUGUGUGUGUGUGUUUUCCAUGCAUGUGGUUGGGUGGGACAGGAAAGAAUAUGUAGUUAGUAUAAUUUCAGUUGCAUUAUUUGUUUGAUAGCAGUUUAUUUGUACAAUAAUUGUGUCACCAAAUCUGUUUAAGGUUGCACAAUGUAUAAUCUUUCUGCACUUUUGGCACUCAAACCUUGCAAAGGGACAUCAUGAACUGGGAAUAAUUAAUCUUUCUGUUUGUUAAAUUAUGUAAAGUUUUUGGAUUUCUUCUUGUUGAGAUUUGAGUCAUUGCUAACUACUUGUACAGAUGAAAUUCCACAAAUUGUUUUCAUAGUACUCUGUUCAGAGUAGCAAACUGUAAAUAUUUUAGUAUCAUUGUUGUCCCUUGUAAAGCACUGUUUGCUUUGGGAAUAUUGUGAUCUUAAUUUGAAGAACCUAGAAUAUUUCUUACCUUUCUGCAAAACAGAGAGGCAAGGAAAAAAAACCUCCUAAGUCUAUAAACAUACUGUUUUGCUCAAACCUGUUUCUCAAAUUUUAAAAUUUUAAUACUCGGUAACCCUGUAAAUGAUUGCAAACUGUCUAGUCAUAAAUUCAUUUAUGUAUGUUUCUGUAGAUCUGAGUGCUUAAUUGAAAUUACUUGGAAAUGUUUCGCUGAAGAUACCAGUCACAGUAAUAGAUCUAUAUGACUAUGUUUGUUAAUCAUUGUACUUACUUGAAAUUCAAUCCUACGUUUAUUUUACUAGACAGAUGUUGAAAAAUGAUACCAGACAUUUUUCCCUUCUACAUUACUGGAAAACUUAGUAAUAGUUUGUAGUUUGACUAUAAGCAGAGAUAAGUGUAUUGCUUAUCAUAGCCACUGUGUGGUCCUGGCAUGAAAACUGAAUCGUGACCCAUCAUUUCCUCAUUUGUCACAAUACCAUAGCACGAUUUCUUAAUCAGUAAUGAGUGCAGAAAUUGUAUUUGUGUAAUAUUAGUUUUUGAUACCGUAGUCAAUUUCUGUUUCAGUAUUUUCUGUUAGUAACUGUAUUGUAUCUAUGACAUUUAUGUGCCGUUCUCUCUGCAUGUAUUUUAUUUUAUACUUUACGACUUCUUGUUAUUAAUAGCAGUGUGUAUGCGCUAAUAUAAGCAAGACAUCACCAUUUAUCUAUUAUGGAGGCAUUGUAGUAUUAUUUCAUCAGUGGACUGGGAAGCUUAAAGAUGCCACAAAAGAGUAGAUGUCUCAAGACCAUAAAAUGACAAAUCCAUGACUAGGUGGCAAUUUCUGAUUAUUACUUUUGUGUGGAUUUUUGUGCUGUUUAAUGUGUUCCAUCCCCCAGUAUUCUCCAUAAAAAUCUCAUUUAAUUUUAAAUGGGAGAAUAGAUUAUGCAAACUAAUAUUGUUCCCAUUAGUGAAAUGAGCUUGAUUAUUAGGUCAGUUAAGAACUGAGCUUGAGUGGUUGAUGUAUAACAAACAGCAAAUAAGAUAAUUACAUAUUGUUAGCUGUUGCACCUAGGUCCUCAUUAGUAAUGAAAGAAAUCAUAAGAAAUGAGAAAAGAAAAAUGCCAACAGAUUUCAAAAAUCCAUGUCCAUUUCUGCCAAAAACUUCUGAAUACACUUUUCAUUUUUCAUUGCUUUCUUUUCAUUUUAUAAAAUGAAGACAUACCUAUUUACCUACCGUUAUUUGUUAGAAAUUGUUAAUUCUAUGCGUGUCCUGUCUUGGAGGAAAGUUGCUAUUGAAAAAUGAUGCAACAUUACCCACAACAUUUAUGCACUGAGUUAACUUGUUGGCCAGAAUAAUAAUACAUUUAGUUUUUGUUUGAUGUGUUGUUUGUUAGAUACCCUUUAUUAUUUGAGGUUCAAAUACAUUUUGAGAGUAUCAGUGCUUUUGAAAGUAAAGACUAUAUUAUUCAACACUAUUUGUUGUUUAGUGUUACUCACUACGAUACGGAGUUUUAAGUUUGGUAUAAAGAUUUUGAUAGUUUCCCAUUUUUUCAGUUUCAUUUAAACCCUUUAUUGAUUCAGAAUAUUGCUGUUCAUGGUGAAUAUUUUCUGUACAUGCCUGAAUUUCUUUUCUUUUUUUUUUAAUUAUAUAGUAAUGUUAAGAAAGCAUUAAAGGGACAAGAGGAAAGUUGAAAAUAUUACUUUCCCAGUGGAAGCCAAAAAAGCACAGGUGUUUUUUUUCCCCACUUACAAUGCAUUUGCUUGUAAUUAGGCUCCCUGUUCAACCCGUGUAUAAUUAUUUUGUGUGUGUGUGUGUGUGUGUGUGUGUGUGUGUGUGUGUGUGUGUGUUAGUGGGUGCGCGCGCUUGUGCACGUAUGCACAGGUUUUUUAUUUUAAAAAAUAUAAAAAAGCAAGUAAUUAAUAAAACCAAAUUGUGAGAUGGAAAUGCCAGGGAUCUAAGUGUUUGUAGUCGUGCUGAGAAAGAUAGUUUUAUCUGUAGCAAGGAAAAGUAUUUCAUGGGAAAGCUGUAGGCUAAUGAGCAGUAUUGGCAGCCAAAUGGAGGUGCAAAAUUAGCAAGUAUGUCUGCAAAUAAGGUCUUAUAUUAUCUGACAAGUGCUGAUUCUCUACCAUUAUGUAGCUAAUACGAACAAAGUAAAUGUAGUUGUGUGAGAGUUUGAGCUCACAUCUGUAAAGUCCUAUAUGUUAAUUAUGCAGUCCAGUGGUUUCCAAUUCUUAUGUCAACAUAGGGUGUCAGAUUUUACAUAGUAAAAUUAUGUUCCAAGAUAAGUUACUGUCUAACACUAAUAUUGACUGUACAAAAGUUCUAAGAAAGCUUACUUGAACAGAAUAAUUUCUAGCAUAAAACUGAUGUAGUAGCUUCUGUGAAUCAGUCUUCAGAUGUAUGGGCACCAACUUUGUUUUUGGAUAUUUGGAAUUUUUUUACCCAUGUUUUUUCUCUUUUCAUUCUUGUUUUCCAAUACUAUUUGUUCAUUCAUCAUAUGGUAUAAUUAGUCCUAAUCAGCAUUCCCACUCAUAGUUAAUUUUAUUUACUUCUGUGACUUCUUAUUUAGUUUUAUUUCAUGUUUCUUCUGGUUUCUAUAAUCUGCUUGAUGCCAUUUUUGUAGCAGUCUUCAAUUUUUUUCCCACUUGUGUUAAGAAAUGGGACUGAUUGUGCCAACCAUUAUAAAUUGGAUUGAUUGUAUUUUCAUCUUUUGUGUGAGAAUGCUCAGCUUCUGUAAUGUUAAAUGUUUAAAUUUUUGUUAUAGGUUUUGAGUUUUGUGUAUCUUAAUUAUUAGUAUGUUCUUCAAAACGAUGUAUUUGUUGACGGGGAGGAUUCCUAAUUUGUGAAAAUAGUUAUUUUCUGUAUGUCAAAUGCUGUUUGUAUUGUUUCAAAGUAAUUGGUUUUGGUUAGUGUUGACCAUCUUCAGAUUUGUUAAACAAUAUAGAGGCCCAUCUUCAGAUCUUUUAAAUAAUAUAAAAAUUAGUUACAAUUGGGUUCUACUUCUAUGUUUACAAAAUUAUGGAACUAAAAAGAAUCUAAUUACUAUCAAUGUUGUAUAACAUAUUAUUUCUUGUAUCUACAGAGUAACCAGACGUAACAGAACUAUUAGUUUCACUGUCAGCUAAACGUGCCGCAAUAAUUCUUAAAGAUUUUAAAAGAAAUUUCAUUGGUAUGAAAAAUGUUUGAUGUUAAUGAGUACAUUCUGCAGAUACUAACAGAUACAGAAAUUCACACUUAAAAUAUUCUGCACAUAAAGCAUACCAGAGCAUUAUUCAUGAAUCAUUGCAGAGGAUUUUGUAGAUUGACAAACAUAUUUUAUUGAAGGGAAACACUUUAAAAAUUUAAGAAUAUGUCCUCCCUUUUUUUCUGUUAAAUUAUGGUAAAGUAUGCUGCAGGAAUCCAAGCUAAAAGUAGAGCCACAGUGAAGUUUUCUCUGCCAUGUCAAACCUGAUGCUGUCAGUGUAUGGCAUGUCACCACAGGAGACACUUGGUGAAAUGUCCUGUCCCAUCCCAACACUAAAGACUAACAAACAGCAAAACAUGUCCUUAUAUAUUUCAUAAUAAUUACUAUGUGCAAAAUCACUUCGUUUGUUAAGUAGUUAUCCGUGGGCUUUUAGCCAGAGGAUGCAAAUCUCGAAUUCCUUUAUAAUGUACUGUUCUGUGCAUUGGGCAACACCACCUGAAACCGAAGGGUUUGAAAUAAUGAAAACUGUCAUUGACACUCAGAAAACAAUCAAUUUUCUGAAUUGUAUGUUUUGGAUAAGACCCAUUUUUCUGGUCUCUCUUUUAUUUAAAUGUUCAUUUCAAACAAUACGUUCCCUGAAGUCAUAGAUCUCGGACCUCACUUGUUCACAGCAUUGCCCAUUUGUUGUCGGAAUAUGAGAAGAAUCAAAAAUCAAACAAAUACACACAUUGAGUUCAAUGAAGCUUAUUUGCAAUAGUAUUUCCAUUUGAAUAAAGCACAGUAUUCCAAUUACAAUGCAUUUAAAAAAAUUAAUUUCCGUACUAGGUAUUGUAUUAUAGGUAUAGGUCUUUUGGAAUUUUUGGAAUAUACUAGUUGAAGUAUUCUUUUGUGGCCUCUUAGUUUUGUAUCGUGAAGUCACAUGUUGUCAUUCAUUUGGUUUAAAUGUUAAGUUAAUGCUCCAGAAGUUUGGUGCUCAAGCCGCAGAUGUUUCUAGUUUGAUGCUGCUUUUAUUAUUAUUAUUAUUAUUAUUAUUAUUAUUAUUAUUAUUAUUAUACAUUUAAGGGUUAAGAGUAAGGGUUAUUUGAAUGAACCAGUACAUCAAAAGUGUAGGAAAUACUCUUCCACGCGGACUGUGCAUAAAGCAACAUUCUGUAAUUUCAAACAAUUUUUCGUUUAACAGCUGCUUCAUCUUUGUAUAAAUUGAGUACUAUCACAAUGUUUUGAAUUAACUAUCAUUUCUGAAUAUUAAUUUCCACAUAGUAGUAAAUCCAGAUAUAAGAAAAACUGUGUUGACUGCCACUUUAUAAAAUUGCAAGUACAUUCUUAAAAUGAACUGCUUGUUCACAAGAACAUUGUGGAAAUGAUUUCCUUAAAUGGCCUCUUAACUAAUAAUUAAGUAUGGUCUUCAAAUACUUUACACAAAAGUAACAUGAUCUGCAUUUGUAUUUCAUCCACAGAAAUAUUUCAAGGAGAUUUUCAAUAACCAAAUUGUUCUCCUUAAUAGGGGAUGUCGAGAAAAACAAGCAAUUGUUAAUGUGUGUAUCUUUACUUGUGGUGACUGUGUCAUUUACACUAAAACCACAAAGAGAAAUACUUAUUUUGUAAAUUUCUGCAUAAUGCUAAAACAAAACAAAAAUUUAUUUUCAAAAAAAAUUUUGGUAUUGAAACCAGGUUUAAUUCUUCUGCUUUCUGUCUGUCCUCUUUAUGCAGACUUACCACGAUUCUAAUUUGUCCUUUUAUCAGGGUUUCUCUUUUUUCCCUGUUGUAAAUAAAAAAACACCACUUGUCUUAUUGAAGAGCGUGAUUAGUAUUUUGGGAAUAUUAUAUAAAGUUCUGAUAGAACCUGUGAUCUUUUCCUUCGGUCCUUUGUCUCGCCAGUGACAGUGUGUGUUAAUGGUGUAUAAUCAUCAAUCCAUGUUCGGCCAUCUCUGUCUCUUUCUGUGGCUUUGCCUCAGUCUUUUCAAUUAAAUCUGUUGCCCUAAGAGUUCAAAUUUCUCAUCUUUAUAUGAAUCAUGUAAAUUGUGUUUUAACAUUAUGUGUUUUUGAGAUCAGAUGGUCAACCAGGCUGGUGUUCGUCUAAAGAAUAGAAAACUGCGCCGAUAGUGGCUGAUAUACCAGACCAAUAGAUUUGAUCCAGAUUGAGCUCAUCUUCUCUGUUGCAAGAUAGCACAUUACCUAUUAUAGUGUAUGGACAAAUCGAGGUUGUAAACUAUAACAUUUGUUAAUAUGUGUGGGAUUAUACUAGUAACUUUUGUUGUUUGAAGGUGAUUACCCUGUGGUAUUAAUACAGAAUGACGGUGGUGUAAGUUAUCUUUCUAGUUUCGUAGCAAUUCAGGUAAAAGAUUUCAAGUAAGAGUUGCCUUUGUCAGUCACAAAGCUAGGCGUAAAUCACACUAAUUACUGGUUGUGAAACUCAAAUGUAUCAUCUUAUAUCCAGUUAUUUAUUUUAAAACCUGGUAGAAAUUAUUACGUUAUAACUGGAAUAUUAGUUGUGACUAAUUUUUCUUAAGUGAGUGGCCCCAAUACUUCAGAAAUCCUUUCUCUUGCAGCAGUGACACAUUAAAAAAAGUUUAUUGUUGUAAUUUUAUAGCUAGUAUAAUCAGUGAAUGUACGCUUCGUCGCCCCCCCUCCCCUCCCAAAAUGUACUUAUUAAUAGCACAUUUUAAAUUCUGAUGAAAUCUGUGGUAUUAGAUAGAAAUUUUGCUUUGAAAAGGCACAGCCAAUUUCCUUCCCCAUUCUUCCCUAAUCUGAUGGGACCGAUGGCCUUGCUGUUUGGUCCCCUCUGCCAAAUCAACCAACAAACCAACCAACCAAAGUUGCACCAUCUUAAAUUCCACUGGAUACUUUAGUCACACACUGAGAUAAGUUGACUUUAGACAAUUAAUGCUGCAUUUAAGCAUUAAUUUUUAAAAAUCUCUCUUUUAUGUCAGCAUAUUUACCAUUGUUUUCUCACUCAGUUUCAUAAUUUGUGCGCUCUUGUAAUAUUUCUAGAAUGAAAAUUUUGCAUUUGUUUGUAAUGGAAUUUUAUAACAAGCAGUACUCAGUUUUGACACUCAAAACUGCACCUAAUCUUAGCAGAGCAAAUUAUGCAGGAGAUCUACUGUGAAGGUUAGAAGGGCAGUCCGUGUUGAAUUCCACUUUGAGUUAGCCAAGAAAUGUGCUUAGAGGGCACAGUUGAUAAGAUCAUAGCCAGCGAAGUUUUAUGGUUUAACAAUGAUCUUUGUUAUUUUAUUCCCCCUCAGAAUGCCCUAAACAUUAAUUUUAUUCAUAUCCGAGACAAUUGCCAAAGCUCUUUGGCCACUAGUGAAGCCUCUGUAGACUCGUGGCUUAUAUGAGGGGCUGGUGAUUUUAUGCAGUGAAGAACCUGCUCAGUUUUCUUAUUUACUCAGGGUAUGAGAAUGACAGUACAUUCUGUUCAUGCUUGGAAAAGAAUUUCCGUAUCCCGCAACAGUUAACUAGUUAUGUGAAUGAAGUUAGAGUGAGAAAUAGCCAAAUGAAUAUUUACUUUACACGUUUGGGGAUGCAGUGUUAUAACUUUCAGGUUCUCAUCUGUCAAGUUGCAUUAAAAAGAACGGAGGAACCGUGCCCCAUUUCCACUUUGAACUUUCGUGUAAAUUUUGGCAGAUUGCUAGCAGUUCUGACAUCCACGUAAUGAAUCUCACAUCUGACUGUCUUUGGAUCUGCUUUCCUCACUUCAAUUAUAGCUCACUCCAACACUUAUCCAUUUACAACUUUCAGUUACACUAACAUAAUGUCAAGGCGCAGUGUGACAGGUUAAUGUUAUAUCACGGUCAAGAGAACAAGUUCCAUGUUGUGUUACCACACUCCCCCCCCCCCUCCCCCCCCCCCAAAAAAAAUAGUGCUGUUAAAUACAUGUAUGUCAUAAAUGUUUUGAAGCGACAAAACCAAUAUAAUAUGCUCAUGGUAUUACAGUGGAAGGAUGAUCUUCAGAUGAGGAUAUCAGAUUUUGUUGUUAGUGUGGAAAAACUUCCCAUUUAAUGUCUACCAAUUAUUUAUAGUAAUAUUUAUCUAAUCGUCAGUAUUUCAUUGGUAAACAACAAAAGCUCCUUCAUAUUGCAUUAUGUGUGAAUAGUUACUGGUAUUAUGCGUAACUCAAGAUAUUAUUUCACCCACACUCAAGUAUACAAAUUGCUGACACUAGAAAGAGUUUAAUCUGCAAGACUUGUGACUGUAGUUGUAACCAUAUUAUGCAGUAAUACAGUCCAGUAUCUUUGUAUAGUGAAUAAUGCUGCCAAUGUUUAAGAAACAGUAUGAUCUUUUCAGUUGUAUGAAGUUUAAAAGAGGAGGAAAGAAAUCAGAACACAAGUUGCUCACUACUUACCUUUUAGAUGUGAAAUGUCGAGGAACUAAACAGAAAUGUUAAUAAUAAUUUCUUCUGUAGUAAGUUACAGCAGAAUUUCAGUUUUAUUUAUUCCAUGAAUCAUUGCAUCACGUCUAGUGUCAUUACUACUGCCAUGAUUAUUUCAUGCACCCAAUAAUAAUAAUAAUAAUAAUAAUAACAAUAAUUCAGUAAUUUUUGAUGCAGAUACAGUUGUAUAUUCUCCCUCAAGUACCUUUAUCAAAGAUAUCAUUAAUUGAGGUCUGUUUGACAAAUUGUUCUGUAACUGUAUUUCCUUCUUAUUGUCAUUAGCUCGUUGUGAUUGAAUUACCCACUAUUAGUGUUGUAUUCUUAACUGGGUGUUGUAAAAUGUCUCAUCUGUCUCGAGCUUCUUGUCUCGCAGAGAUUUUUUCUUAAUUGCGAGUAAAAGAGUCUUCGAAAAUCAUGUAUGGCUGCUGACUUUUCAAUCUUUUUAUAUGUGAUAAAUCUCCAAAUAAAAUGAAAUGUUGUUGGUUCCCAUCAAAUAUUUUAUAUCUCUUGUUGUUGUUGUCGUUCAUACAAUGAACCUUGUUGUAAUUGCAUGUCUGAAAGUGUAAGCAGAUUGUAGAGUAACAUAGGCAGAUUUCUUUUUUAAUUAAAAAGGGGUUAUGUAAAAUACUUUUGUACAUGCAUGUUUUAAUUGAUAAUGCUUUUAAGUUACGGGAAAGAAAACAUUAAUUUCCACAUUUUAUUAAAGAAUGUACAUAAUGUUGGAAUAUUGUAUUUCUAUGAAAGAUUUGAAGUGAUGAGAAAUUUAAGAGUUGUUUUAUUGUUUUCGCACUUAGUGUGGUGCUUGCUACAUGAUUUUCUGAUGUCUCGUGUUCAUUACUGGCUGCCUUACUAUCAUCCAACAGGUGUAACAUUUAUUGCAUUGCUAUAUUUUUAUUGACUUUAACGGGUUUGUGUUAUACAAUAUUUUCAUUAAUGAUUUUGUGUAUAGUGCAUAACAUCCAAAUAUCGACAUACUAUUUCCAUUUUUUACCUAAUUUUUUAUUGUUAUUCCUUAUUUGUAGAACCUUAUUUAACAGUGUACUCUAAUCUGUUUUUACCAGUGUGCGUACAAUAAUGUAACUGUCACAAGAUAUGACUCAUAAGUGCCCUUUAUGUAUUUGUUAAAUUAAUGUAAUUAUGUGCUUCAUGUUGCCAAUGAUUAUAAGAGCUAAUUAGGGUAAUCUUUACCUUGUAUUUAUGUCAUUUAUUGUGUUUCUGAAAAGUAAGUCCUUUGCUGGUAUUUAUGAAUCCAAUUAUGUUCUUUUUAUAGACAGAGAAGCCAUAUUUUAUGUUUGCAUAAUUACUUAUCUUUUACAUUGUUAUGUAAUCAUAUUAGGAAGCUUUAUAUUUCCAGUUCAUGAACUGUCUGAAAAGGCAAUGUUGUAUUAUAUCUGAUAGUUUAGAUCUAGUCAUUUUUUUUUUCUGUGAGUUGGGGAGGGGUUACUAGGCUGAAGGAUCCUUGCUCAUUAAUUCUCUCUUAUAUCCUUCAUAAAUUUGUGCAAAUGGUCCACUCUGUAGUGACAUGAAGUAUUUGUACAUAUGUGAAUUUAUUAUAAACUUAAAAUUCUUUGUAGAUCUUGCCACAGUUGUGUUACAAAAUUUGGUUUAUUUUGUUGCAUAUUCUGCUCCAUUAAUUUCUCAUGUAAAUUAAUCUGUGAUAGUGUUGCCACAGUAUAUAAAUAUGUCUUAAAUUUUUUUUGUUCUCUUGCACAAUGUGCUCACAGUUUGCAUACUUUGUGUUACAGCUUAAGUUCAUAGCACACGGAAGAAACUUAUUGUUCCUUGCUCUGGAAAGCAUCAGUUUAUAUUAGCACUUAAAAUAAUUAAUUGCAACAAAAUAUUGUUGAACUGUGUGCAGUUUGUAGGAUUUAUCAUACAUUUUGAAAUAAUAAAUGGAGUACAGGUACUAUUUAUGUAAUUAAAUAUGAGAUCUAAUCACUAUUUUCAGAUCUUCAGUAACAAUCCUCGUUUUAAAGGAUUGAAUAUGAGGUUUUAGACCACAUUAUGCAAGUGAAUUAUACAGUUUGACAAUAUAUUGUUGCAGUCAUGCUCUAGGUGUGCAUAAUGAAGAUAUUUGUUGUCCACUUUGUCACCGGUUUUUAAAUAAUUUGAGCCACGUAUUUAUUACAACUCAGCAAAACCAGGACGUCUGUAACAAAUCCUUUUUCGGCUGUUUGGGAGUAUUCCUGACAGUAAAAUCCCUUUAUAAUGUACAAAAUUAUGUAGAGUUACAAAUUUUAGCUUUAAAUGUAAAGUCUUUUCAGAUGUCUGGCCUGAAGGAACAUUAUUGGUGCCUUCAGUUAUACUGUGUUCAUGUGAUGUACAUAUGAUUUUAAAUACAUGGGUCCACACUUA